AUGACGGCAGUUAUCGCGUGCCGCUGCUCACUGAAGUGCCCGCUGAUCAACGUGUCGGCAGUGCAGCGGCAGACGGCUGAGCUCCCCUGUGACGUCACGCCACCGUCACCCGACGACGAGCUGCGAUUGGUGCUCUGGUACUACGGCACUGGAGGCACACCGGUGUACACGUACGACGCGCGGGACCGGGGCAGGUCGCGCGGCGCCCACUGGACGGACGCCAGCGUGGACAGCAGCCGGGUGCAGUUCCAGCCGAACACGCGGCCGGCCCACCUGCGGAUCGGGGCCGUGCGCCGCUCCGACCAGCGGCUCUACCGCUGCCGCGUCGACUUCCUGCACUCGCCCACGCGCAACUCACGUGUCAACCUGACCGUCAUCAGUGAGUGUCUGGCCGUCAUCAGGGAGUGUCUGGCCGUCAUCACGCCGCCGGGUCGUCCGACCAUCCUGAACGCCGGCGGGCACGCGAUCGAGCGUCUCACCCGGAGGCGGUACCGGGAGGGCGAGAUGGUCCAGCUGACCUGCAGCUCCUCCGGAG